AUGGCGGAAGAGAUGCGAACCACAAUGUGUGUGGAUGAUGUUCAUGUUUCCCAUCUUACAAAAGGGCGUGGUAAGCUGCAGAUCCGCAUCUCCAUCUUCCUCGCCCUGGCCACCACCGCCUUCGCUGGCUUCGUCGGCAACGCUGGAUACAGCGUUGGUCUGACUGCCGCCCCAGUCGUCCAAACUGUUUCUCACACUGCUCCAGUUGCCACCUUUGCUAGUGCUCCUGUCGCCACCUAUGCCGCUGCUCCAGUUGUUGCCGCUGCCCCAGCUUUCGCCACCGUGGCCCACGCUCCAGUCGCCACCGCUGUCGCUGCCCCAGCCGUGGCCUCCUACGCUGUUGCUCCAGCCGUGACCCGUGCCGCCACCGUUGCCCACGCUGCACCAGUCGCCACCUACGCUGCUGCCCCCGCUGUCACUACUGUGGCUCACGCCCCAGUCGCCACCGCUGUGGCCGCCCCCGUCGCCGCCUACGCCGCUGCUCCAGCCGUCGCUACUGUCCACGCUGCCCCAGCUGUUGCCACCACCACCGUCCACCACGCCCCAGCUGUCGCCACCGUUGCCCACGCUGCCCCUGUGGUCGGUGCUUACCCCGCCGCUCCAGUCUACGGCUACGGCGUCGGAACCCUCGGUUACGGCGUUGGCCACUACGGUUACGGCCACGGACUCCUCGGCUAUGGCCUGAACUACGGCUACGGCCUUGGCUCUCCCUUCGACUACACCACCCUCCUCCGCAGGAAGAAGUAAUCCCCUGGCGUCUCCGAAACUUCUACCGUUGAUUUCACCAACAAAUACACGUUUACCUAUCGCUUAUACAGCGCACUUGUAAGAUACUAUUGGCUGAAAUAAAAUUAAACAUUUUCCUA